UUCAAUAUGACCUUCCUUAGAGAGACAAACUGGUCCUUGUUCACUUUAUUGGAUCAACACCGACUUUACCUCAGGGAAGCAGCAGAAGAACCCAUAGUUAGCAUUUACAGCUGUGAGAUCUCUAGCUCUGAGGUUCUUAAAGCAAUUGAAAACGUCAUUGAAGAUAUUAUCAUAAGUCUGUCCAAAAAUGAAGCACCUGUUCUAAUCUUGAAAAACAGAUCUGAUUGGAGCAAUAUACAGUUUAAAGCUUCUGUAGGUUUGCACAUGACAUCUAACUGCACCACAAAGAAAAUAAGAAGUGACUGUCCCAAAUCAGCACCAAAAUUUGCUCUAUUUCUCAAAAUGUUAUCUAUUAUCUACAAGAUGGUGCAGACAAAUAUUUAUGCAACUAAAAGAGAUAUAUUUUACACAGAUACAGUACAUUUUGGUAACCAAAGAGUUGCGGACAACAUUAUUGAUGACAUUUCCUGUAUGCUCAAGAUACCUAGGAGGAAUCUACAUAUUCUGUCUACCAGCAAAGGUUGCAUUGCUGGUAAUCUAAGUUAUAUUGAGGAGGAUGGUACCAAAGUCUACUGCACCGGCAGUACAACAGCAGCUGUACCAUCUAAUGUUGAAGGAAUGAGAAAUUUGAUCACAGAUGCAAAAUUUAUUUUAAUUGUAGAAAAAGAUGCAACUUUUCAGAGACUGCUAGAUGACAAUUUCUGUGGUAGAAUGUCUCCGUGCAUAAUAAUUACGGGGAAAGGUGUACCAGAUGUGAAUACAAGGCUUCUAGUCAGAAAAUUAUGGGAUACUUGUCACGUACCUGUCUUUGCUCUCAUGGAUGCUGACCCACAUGGUAUUGAAAUAAUGUGUAUCUACAAGUAUGGCUCUGUGUCUAUGUCAUUUGAAGCCCAGCGCCUCACAGUUCCAGCGAUAAGAUGGCUUGGCCUCCUUCCAUCUGAUUUUGACCGACUGAAUAUACCCAAGAAUGCUUUGAUUCCACUGACUAAAAGAGAUCAAAGUAAACUGGCCAGUUUACAGAUAAGACCUUAUAUUGCUUAUCAGUCAGUCUGGAAAAAAGAACUAGAUAUUAUGGCAACAUCUAAAAUGAAGGCUGAAAUUCAAGCUUUGACUUCUUUUUCAUCUGAUUAUCUUUCCAGAGUGUAUUUGCCAAACAAGUUGCAGUUUGGUGGAUGGAUAUGA